CACCCAUUUCGAAAAUUCAUGGGCUAUUGUAACGACUAUGAUCGAGAUAUGAGAAAGUGUUUGAAGGCAGAAAGAAUACAGCGCCAAACGGCGAACAAUGAAGAAUCUAUAAGAAAGCACGCAGCAAUUCGCGCCAGAAUAUAUGCACAAAGCCAAAACCAACAAAACUAAGUUAAUUUUAUAGUUUAAAUUUAUAUAACAACAUGGAGUACAACAUCUUAGAUUCCAUAGACCUCAAUGACCCAGCUAUCUAUAAAUCUUUUACAGACAGAUAUUUCAGUAAAAGAUACAUAUUGAAUGUAAAUGGAAUUGAAAACAAUGAUAUUAUGCUAAUGUUUCAUUCUAACAGGAUCACCUUACUCUGUCUUGCACCGAGCCAUUUCUUUUUCAAGAAGAAGGAUAAAUAUACUCUGAACUUCAAUAUAGGAAAGAUUGAUCGGCUAAGUAACAAAGUGAAGGGAAAAGGAAAGAAAGGCGGGCAGGCGUUGUUUCCAGAUUCAGUUAUUUGUAAAGUUGAGUGGAGCGAUGGUUCUUCCUUUGGUAUACCGUGCGGCAUGAGAGGCACUCUGGUAGAAAUCAAUGAAAAUUUAAUCAAGAAUCCUGAACUUUUGCAAGAAAUGCCCGACUCUGAUGGCUUUAUAGCCAUAAUGUUGUCCAGUAUUGCUAUUACAGAUGCUACUAAAAACAAACUUUUAACUCAUGAAGAUUACAUGAAAGUUGUUAAUGUGUGAUAAACGGUUUGUUGGAUUAGAUUUAGAAAAUAAAUGAUGUUUAUUUUGAAA